AUGCAUCUCCUGGCCAGUUCGAGGAGCCUCCAUCUGCUGAUGGUCUUGGCUGUGAUCUUGGCUACCCAUCGCGUGGAUGCCGGCUUACGUUUGCGUCAAACCCGACGCUCGGCCACGCCCCCCGCCAGCACUACGCCCACGUUGACAGUGACCUCCGAGGAGGCGGAGCCACAGGAGUCCGUGGCGGAAAGUGCACCGACGGCGAGCGUGGUCACCGAACCGGAACCGGAAACGGAAGUGGCAGUGGAGGUCACGACCGGAAAGCACAAGCGUGGCAUUCUACACGGCCACGCCCACCUGCACGGCCAAUGGCCCGCCCGCACCUAUGCCGCCCACUACGGCUACAGCCUGCAGCUGCCCGGAGGCAGUGCCUUCCUGGCCGCCGCUCCGCCGCGCCGCCACUUCGUCAAAUACGGCCAUGGUCAUCUGGUCAAGCCGCUGGUUUCCGGUUCCGGUCUGCUGCCUGCGCUGGCUCCCGCGCCCGCUGCCCUGCUGCCCGCCGUCGCCUCAGCACUGCCCGUUGGAUUGCCCACUGGUCUGCCCGUUGGAUUGCCCACUGGUCUGGCCGGCAACGUAGCCAGCGCCAUUCCCGCCGGAGUGGCCAGCGCCAUUCCCGCUGGUGUGGCCACCGCCUUGUCCACCGGCGUGGCCACCGCUUUGUCCACCGGCGUGGCGCCGCCCUCGUACGUCCUGCGUCCCGGAAACGCGGUCGUCUCCUCGUACAGCGUCAACUAUCCGCACCAGCACCUGCAGAAGCCCGUGGUCUUCCAGUCCGCCGUGAAGCCGCUCCACUUCCAUGCGCCCGCUCACGCCCAUGUGCACGCCGUGCAGCCCACCUAUGUGCAGACCUAUGCUCCGACUGCUCCGGCUGUGCCUGUCCAGCCCGUGCAGCCCAUCCAGCCCAUUCAGCCCAUUCAGCCCAUCCAGCCCGUGCAGCCAGUUCAUCAUCUCCAGCCCAUUCAGCCGGUGCAACCGGUGACCACCCAUCACUUCCAGCCCGUGCAGCCCCUCCAGCCAGUCACUCCAAUCCAGCCGGUUCAACCCCUGCAACCCCUGCAACCCAUCCAACCCGUCCAACCCAUCCAACCCACAGUGGCCUUCGGUGUUCCGGCUCCCCCAGCUGUGGAUCUGCCCGUGGUCCCGCAGUUCCCGCAACCGCCUCAGUUUCCCGGAGUGCCCACCUUUAGCUUCCAGCCCGCCCAGCCAGCGGUGCCCGCUGUUCCCGCUGUGCCCGCCCAGCCGGCAGUGCCAGCUGCACCAGAAGCCCCAGAGGUGCCACAGAUUCCGGCCAUUCCUCAGAUUCCGGCCAUACCUCAGAUCCCCCAAAUACCGCAAUUCCCCGCAUUCCCCCCCUUCCCCGGCUUCCCGCAGAUACCGCAGUUCCCGCAGGCGCCAGCCAUUCCAUCGCCACCACCGGUGCCAGGAGUACCAGCAGUGCCCACGGUGCCGGCUUUCCCCAGUCCACCCACCAGCCAAUUCUUUCCGGCUGCACCACAGCCACCAUUGCCCCAGCAGCCACCCACCUUCGGCCAGCCGGAGUCGCAGUUCCCAGGCGGCAUUGUGCCGCUGCCGGGCUCCACUCCCGUGCGGCCAGAAUCCGGCACGGGCAUAGCCUCGCCGCAGAUACCCCAGUCGCCGGAGCCGGAGACGCCGUCGGAGGUGCCACCACAGCGGCCGCCCGUCCCGCAGCCACCGCAGCAGCCGUGGAAGCCGGUGUUCUACACUCCACCCACCGAAUCCGCGCCAGCGUCGCCCAAUCGGCCAUCGAUCACCCUGCUGCCGCCCUACGGCAGCUCGCCAGCGGAAGGUUACCUGCCACCCGUGGGCACCCAGCCGUCGUCCCUGAGUGCCGGCAGUGGCGGCAUCGGCAGCCAGGGCGGCAUCUUCGACCAGCUGACCGACGCCGAGCUGGAGCACAUCUUCGCCCAGGCCAACUUGGCGCAGCAGCAGCAUCAGCAGCAGCAGCAGCAGCAACAGCAGCAGCAGAGCCACAACUACCACCACUACUGA